ACCGUGAAAUUUAUGAACAGCAUAUCGGUAUUGUACUAGAAGUUGUACAUAUUUCGUUUAAUUCAUUACGUAAACAAAUGAAAAUUUCAUAGUUAUGUAGUUUAUCUAUUGAUGUAAAAAUGAAAGUUCUUGUGCCAUCUUAGAAACACGACGUCGCCAUUUUGUUUUGACAGUUGGAAGUGCAAUUUUUACGUACUAUCCAAUUAACGGCUUAACAGGCACGGUAAUAAUUAAAAAUAACUGGUUGUACAAUUGCGAGCGCACUAGUACAAUUGGCCUACCCUGCCCGAGGAGAAUCCCACGGUCAAAAUCGGGCGCCUCCACACUCGACAGUGAGAAAAAUCAGUAAAGUGAAGACGCGCGUGUCAUACGGUCCGACGAGUCGGUUCAUACGCGUUUGUACAUUUAAAUAUGCGGGACUUGGCCGCUAAAAUGGCCGAAUUAAAGUUUGAGGCGCCCCUCGCGCAAUUCGAGGAGACCGACGAGUGGGGCUCAAGCGAGUUUCAAUCGUACAAAAGUAACGAGAACGAAAUUAAUAACAUAAAUAGUAACAAAAAACUGAAGGAUUUAAAUCAGGUGUUAAACGACCUUAACGAAGACCUGACCAAUAACUCUAACACCCUAAACAUAAUCUCUCCCAAAUCCACCUUCUUGCUAAAAAACGAACAAAAUCUGACCCAAAACAACCUGAACCAAGACCCCAUUAACAACACCUCGGACGAUAACUUCACAGAGACGUUUUCUGGCUCUUUGGAGGAUCUGGUGAACACUUUCGACGAAAAAAUCACAAAAUGCUUCGGUAACUAUGAGGAAUCGGUGGAGAAGUUGGCUCCGGUACAGGUCAGGAGCCAGGAGGAGAUCAUGAAUGAAUGCCAAAUGUGGUGGACGAUAACCGGCAAUUUCGGAAAUAUUUUGCCGAUCGAUUGGUCCAAAUCUUAUGCCAGGAAGCUGCAGAUCGACUCGUUACAUUUAGAACAGCAACCGCAAAGUCCAGACGACGACCUGGACCUCUCUUCAGAAGACGAGCAGGUGGCAAACGAUUUGGACAUGCACGCCCUCAUUUUAGGCGGCCUCCAGCAAGACACUGAACCAUUAAAGACUGCGGAUGAGGUCAUUCAAGAGAUCGACGACAUGAUGCAAGAAGAAGAAUCGUUCGAAGAGAACCCCAGGGACCCAUUCGAUAACAGCGAGGUGAUGGAAAAAGCCAAAGAGGUGCUGGCCUCACCGUUAUACGAAGACAAACUUCGCGAUUUAAGUCUGUCACAGUUGAACGAGCUCUUUCUGGAGCUGGAAGUUCUGAUCCGGGAGUUUUCGGAAACGCUGAUCUCUGAGCUGGCGCUCAGGGACGAGCUGGAGUACGAGAAGGAGCUGAAGAACACGUUCAUUUCGUUACUGUUGGCGGUGCAGAAUAAAAGGAGGCAGUACCACGUGGAGAAGAAGAGGAGCUCGAAGGGGAGCGCCGUGAGGACACCGAACGGUUUGGAUCCGAAAUACUUAACAACAGUGAUUCCUUACCACAUAGAUAACGGAACGCCUGACAAUCAGACUCUGCAAAUAUUAAUCAAAAUCCUAAAAGCGAUCAAUGAAGACAGUCCAACAGUCCCCACUCUACUUACUGACUACAUAUUAAAAGUCAUAUGUCCGACGUAAACGUUUAGGAGUUAAACACAAAAAAGAGAGAGAAAAAUCAACUCUUUCUUCAUGUUUUAGCAUAAUUAAUAACGAUAUUCUAGGUUAAGGAAAUAAUUUGGUAUUUACCAAGAAAGAACCAUCUAUCUAUUUGUUUGACCAAUUAAUCAAUGACGUAUUUUCUUAUGACCAUCCGGAAAUGGUCCUAAGAAAAAAAUACAGAAGACUGGUGGAAAAGCGACGUUACUGGAUGACGUCGUCAAUUUCCGCCCGUGGUACCUUUUUUACGUUUCACUCAUAUCUCACCCGAAAUCGAUAUUUUAAAAGCGGAUAUUUUGAAUGUGUCAUAUCUGAAUCUAGUCUAUUUUCGGUUUAUUAGACUUUUGUACCUUUUUAGUUAUUAUUAUUGUAUAUUUUGUGUACGCGGUAAUUUAUUUAAGAGCUUUCUGUGAUUUAAUAUUAUAUUGUGUGUUGUUUGUCAACUACUAAAGAGCACCCAGAGUUUAUCGCCGGAUUUUUUUUUUGUAAUUACUAAAUAUCGCAAAUGCGUACUGGCAAUAAUACCUCCCGUUCCUAUAGAAAGGCUUGAGAGCUUAACACGUGAUCUCAUCAUAAGUGAACUUUGAAGGUUUUCAGUUUAAGUAGAACUGUAUUCGACCAUAAACACAUAUUCAAUAAACAGAAAACUAUCUCAACAACAAUGCUUAAACAGUAAACAUUUUCCUUAUUUAUUUAUAUCAUCUAUUAGUGUUCACAAGUAAAAAUUACUCUUACACAAGUCAAAAAAAAAAGGAAAUUACAUAAAAACCAUUAUCCUAAAAAAGAAAAAAUAUAAUAAAACUUACUAAACAUAGGUUAUCUGCAAAAGGGUCAAGAUUAAACUCAUUACAGUUUACAGGUUCUCAGUUUUCUUAUAUAUUAAUAUUUGCCUUAAAAGCUUAAGGACGAAAAAAUGCUUUUUGUACUGCUUUAACAGUUUCCAUAUGAAAAUAAGGCAUAAAAGGGAGACCACACUACUGAGACAAAGUAUUCAAGUUUAUAUCGAACCAAUACGAGACGUAGAUUCUAUAGCCAGUAUUCAGUAUAUUUUUAUUUGCAUAAACUUUUACAAUAUAAUUGAGCAAUUAACGUAAUUGUACUUUAAAAAAAACAAAACUUGAAAAGCUCUAUACCCUAAAAAUUACAAUAGAAGUAAAAUAAAUCACCCUAAAAACAUUUAAGUAUAGACACCUAAUUAGGGGGUAAGAAGACAUGUAUUAAAUAUUGUUGAACCACUGGGUUUUGGGAAGUUUGGGUCUUAGUUAAAGACACAAUAGACAGCUUAAAACCAGAGACAGACAACGAAACACGCAAGUCCACAGUAAAUUAUUAUCCAUAUAUCUAUCCUUUUUUAGCGUCAUCAAAGGUGAACGCAGAUGGCGUUAGUAGUAGUUAGCGCGAAGUGUUUUGACAGAAACUGCCCGCGAAGUUUGAACUUUAUUUUAAGGAAUCAGCUGAUUCAUGGUGAUUUGCGUAUAGAGGGUACACGUUUUUUGUGCCAGGAUUCUAAUAGGUUAGUAGUAAUAGUUAGUACUCUAUUAGUUAGUAGUAAUAGGUUAUAGAAAAACUAAGUUUAAGACGAGAAGUUUAGGCCAUUUCUAGAUACAAGAGUAUCUAAGUCUAUCUAAGAAAAAAAAAUUGUUUUUAAGCAUAUCAUGAAAGCUACUUUUUUCAAUUUUUCUUAAAUUUGUCAUGUUUAUAAUAAUAAUACACACUUUUUAACCAAAAUGCAUUUCCUAUAUUUAUUUCAAUUGCGUCGCAAUAUAUAUAUAUAAGAAUUAGCAAAAAACUGGUACAUCACUGCAUUUUGUAUACGACUGAAUUUUUGUUUGAUCUUUUCUGUAUUUAACUUUGUUUUGAAUACCUUGAUUCGUUAAGAUAGAAACAUCUUAAUUACAUUUUAAUUGUCAUCUCAAAAAUAAUUGUACAUAUAUCGUCCCCUUAAUACUACAACUAGGUAACUCAAAAAUUGUAAUUUUUCAGGGGAGCAGUUUAAAGUUUUUAAAAAUUAAAAAUGUUGUAUAAUAGCGAAUUGAAUUUCUUUUUAAUUAUACCGAAUGGACAUUGAAUAAAUAUAUAUACUUAAUAUUUUUAGAGAUUGUCAGCUUUUUUUUCAUUUCUUUUGGAAUUAAAAAAUGAGAUAUCUAGUUUUAACAACAAAAAAUCAAAAAGAAAAAAGCAAAUAUCUAGUUGUUGACUGAGCAGUAAGAACAAGUUUUAAUAUCAAAAAUACUUUUAUUAAUACUUACAUUUCUGUCAAAUGUAAAAAAACCCAAAUACAUAACUCAUGAUUACUUAAAUACUAUACUUCGUCACUCACUGUCACUUGAAUCUGAUUCAGGUACAACUUCUUCUGUUUGCUUAAAUGGAAGGUUUUCAAAAAAAGGUUUAUUUUCAAUGGGAAUUGCGGGAGGUUUAGUGUUAAAUAAUGACAAAAGAUCAAUGUAUUUUUCCUUAGUUAUAGGUAUUCUGCUUUUAUACAAAGAUUUGGGCAUUUUUCUAUUAAUUUGAGAUGGUUUUCUUUUCCUUUUGCAGUUUAAACUCCUAAAUUCAUCAUCGAAUUUUUCUUUGAAUUUUAAUAUAAAAGGUUCUGAUUUAGAAAAGCGCAUACAACAUAUUUUCUGCCAGGCAACUUGCUUUCCACUUUCGUCCUUGGUUCUGAAAAUUAAAACUUUAUCUGCAUGAUUUUUCCAAUCAAAUAUUUGUUUGUGUGUAACAUCAUGAAUGAUGUAAGGUUUAUCACCCUUUCUUCGGGAACAUCUAGCUAUUGUUUUCCAGUCUUGUGGUAAAUAAGUUUUGCCUACUCUUUUAAAUUCUGUUGAAAUGGCAGAGUGCAUGGAAUCGCAUUCCAUUUCACUAUGUCCCGACACUUAGAAGUUGAGUUCAAUCGUUUCUAAAUGUGCAAUAUUUUGAACGGCUGUUAAGCACAUGCCAGAUACAAAUUUGUUUAAAUUUUGUCCACCACAUCUGUCACUAAAACACUGAACCUGAUUUGUAGUUUCUGGAUUUCAAAGAUUUAAAAUAUUUAUAUAAACAGGUCGCAAUCUCACAGCUACCUCGUUUGCCUUCAACUUCUGUCCACAUAAAGCAAUCACCUUGUUUGGAGACAGUAUUAUAAAUGAUAAAGUUAAAUACUUUAAAUAUUUGCUUAUAAAAUAAAGCAUUAUUAGUUGGAUCAUUUGGCACCAGAAGCACUUGUUGCAAAUCAAAAUUGCAACUUAUAAGUUUUCCGUUUGAAUUUUCCGCCAACUGUCUGCUUAAACGCUUUUCAUCGCGCACUCUAUCCUUAGCUGCUAUUUGAGCCAAAUACUCCAUUUUGAUAGAUGGUUUAUCACUUAAAGGAGAAUUGCAGGCCAUACAAAUCCGACACUGAUCUUUGCGAGGUCGAUAAAAACCAAGGUUAUACUCCUCUGAGAAUACCUUUCUAUAAAUGGCGGAGCUAGGUGGUGUUUUUUUUUUAUUGCAUUCUUUUUUAUAAAGAGAGUACAUAAUUGUUAUGUUUAAGUCAGAGGCCAAAUAUUUACGUUGCGUUUUUGAACGACAAUAGUGUGAGCCGACUACUGGAAACUUCUCAAUAUGACUUUUAACACUAUUCAUUAUUUCAGGAAUUGUGACCUUUUUUUAAAAUUUUCCGCGCUUGUCUUUCAAACUUGUGUUUUGUUCAGUUCUCGCUUUAAUCGCAAUAGCCACAACUCCCUUUCUAAUUCCUAGGGUAUUGAUAAACAUCGUUUUGCAAACCUGAAUCCGGUUAGAAUUUUUUGGCAAAAAGAAAAAAAUGGUGUUUUGUCGUCUGGACUGUUCUUUGGUAUGCCAUUUUUUUUUUUCUGUAUGACCGUGAAUAAAGUCCCGCUUUCUUUCGUAUGAUUCUAAGUGAUAAUAUCUUCAAAAAAUCGACAAUCGUUCAUCAUAAGAAAAAACUUCACUGCAUUGUCUUUUGCACACACAGAUCUUUCAUUGCUACCCCCGGAACGUGUUUGCCUCUUGAUGAUAUCUAUGCCUCGCCACGUUGUUUUUUAAUUUUGCAACAUUCCUUUUCCAAUUUUGUUCAUUUCUUUUCCUUUUUCUCGACUUAUCUGUCCUAACAUGCAACUCUUCCAUAUCGUGUAAUUCAAUAUUGUUUCUUUGUAAUGUCCCAACUUGGGAAUCCAAAUCACUGCUAGAAGAAUUUUCAGACUCUGGAUUAUAUUCCGAGUGUUCAGGAGAAUAUGGCUCAAAGUCUGAAUUUAAGUCAUAUAAAUGCUGUUUUGAAGUGCCCGGAACCGGCUCAAUAUUUUCAACUGUAAAAGUUAGAUAUUAUUAACACUAGAAAAAUUAGAUUUUAAAAACUUUUCUCACCGUUUAAACUUUCAUUUCCAACAGUAAAUUCUUGAAAUGCCACAGUAGUAUGAUCACAUGAAUUAUCUACGUAUUUACAAGGUUCUUGCCCAAUAAUAAUACAAAAAUAUUUUAUAAAAUAAACUUAAAUAACAAUUACUUGUAGGUUUUUCCGCUUUAUUCUUUCCUUCCGUCGUAUAUUUUAUGCGAGUAUUUAUCUCAUUAUCAGGUGACGACAUGUCAUCAUCAUCAUUGACUGUCUCUAUAUUUGAAACUAAACAUAAUUUAAAAAAUACUCCUAUAACAAUUGUUAAGAUUAGGAUAGAUUUCGCAAUAAUACCAGAGGACAUUAUUUUUAAUUUAAAUUUGAGAAAAUUAUUAAUUGAUUUUCCUAACCUAUAAAUAAGCAGUCUUAUUGUUUCCACAAUAUUUUCUUUAUUAAUUGCAUUUAAAUUCAUUCACCUUUAUUCUCUGUCAACUGGCUACGUGCUAAAGUUAAUAUGUAUUUGGCUCUUGUAGACACUUUUGGCUUUUUUUUCGCCUUUUUUUUACAAAAACUGGAGGAACAUACUUAAUAAUGUCACACUCGACAUUUACUACAAACAUAGGUAUCUCGAAAAAUAUCUGUAAGGGGUAGCGAAUAAGUCAAGUUAGUCGGGCGCACAACUAGGUAACUUAAACACUUGUUGCCCUACAAAUUUUUGUAAUCGCAGGCGCACAAUUAGAUAAUUCAAGGUAGCUACUUUAAGCAGCAGGUAUUUUUUUUAACUGUGAACAUGACUAGUUUUUGUCACUGGAUUCCCGUAAAUUUGAUUGGAGUUAAACUUACCUAGUUGUAGCAUUAAAAAAAGGCGUAAAAGGUUAUAAAGGAAAAAGUAGAUAACUCAAAAUCGUGAAAAUUCGAGUUACCUAGUUGUAGUAUUAAGGGGACGAUAUGUAAACUUGUCUUAAAACGAGUUUUUCUAUAUAACCUAUUAAAUGUAAAUCUAUUAAAUCCUCAACGUGUUGCUACAAAAAACGUAGCCACCCUAUACACAAAUCACAACAUGAAUAAGGUGAACAUUCUCGAGAACAAAAAAUGGAUGAAAAAUUAACUAAUUAUUAUUUUAAAUAAUUAUAUUAUUAAAGCGUGUGUAUACUCAAAUAAUAACAGGUUACAAAUCAAUAUAAAUAAAUUUCAUAUCAAAAACAGACAAAUGGGGUCAUAAACUAUCCUUCUUCAAUAACUAUACGAAAGAUGAAGAAAGAAAAUACUAAUGGUAAUAGAUAUAUUUGAAAAUGUAUACAUCUUGGCAAUGUUCAUUUAGUUACAGUGGCUCUAUCUUUGUUUACCUUCUGUAAUGCUAAAAAAGGAUGUCGGUGUUAAAAAUUUGGCACAGUUUCCUUAUAACGACUGCAGCGAUCCCUGAGCGCGUUCUUGAACUAACUGGACGUCAAAAAAUGAGCGGAAGAUUUAAAUUUCCUCAGUGGCGGGAUAUUUAAAUGUAACCUAAAUAAAUUUUGCAAAAGUUUGUAUUUCUGAAGAAAUAUUUCUAAAAUAUUUGAAAGGAAACAGAAAUAUCCUUGCGAAGUUUUUACAACCUUUGAAAAAGUCAAUUAAAUAACUGAAAUCAAAAUUAUAUGGUACGAAAUUAAGUAAAUUACAAAUGAGAAGUUAAAAAUGUAUCAUAAUAUAUUAUGUAUGUUUUACAAAUGAAUGUAUGUAUGUUUUGGACCAUAAUGGUCCAAAACAAACAAAUUUUGAUAACAAAUAUUAGGGCAAUUUGGAGCCACACACAUUUGCUACAUAAUAAAGUCCAUCGCCACCAGACGAAUUUGCUUUACCUAGAACUAAAAAGGAUUAGUUAUUUAAUUUAUAUUGAUGAAAAGGUAAGUGAAGCAAAAACCAAAAGGAAUAAAUUCUAUCUGAAAAAAGAAGAAACUGUAGGUGCUGAAACCCCAAUAACCUUGCAAAUAACGACUGUACUUACAGUCUUGUGUACAGUGUAAAUGUAUUAGGUGAUUCAAGAUUUUUUACAAGCUUGGUAAACCAGUAGGAGAAUCGACCUCAAAUAUUCAAGCACAACUAAUAAUGAGCAGACGUAAGCCGUCAUGAAUGGGUGGCAAUUGUACAUAGCAAAACUGUAUCUUAUUUUUAUUUCUUUAUGAAACAGGUACAGUAACAAUAAGUAUGCAAGUUGCCAGACAUUAUUGUAUUAAUUAUAAUAACAAAAUACACAAAAAGGGCACAAGAAACGCGACACAAAUUAGAAAGAAAAGUGAAAAGUAAUAGCAGCAAAUUUAAAAACUACGUAUUUCUCUGUUCUUUGUAUUUUCUUCCCUUUUUCACUUUUGCUAAUGUCAACUGCCAUAAUCAUCUGUGAACUAUCACCUUGUGGCGCUUAUUAUUAUAUUAUUAUAUGAGAUCGUCUGCUUAAAUAUGCGAUUGCUAAAUAUUUACUAAAACAGCAUUAGAACUUAAUUUAGAUGAUGUCAUGCUUAAUUCAAAUUGAGCCCCUGGGUCUCUCUAUAGGAGUAUAUACUUGCGCCGUUGCCAUAUAUACGUACGCACGUUUAACCUCAAAAUGUCGCAUAAUUAAAUUGUCCGUUUCCAUUCGCUUUAUCAGUGGCGUGUCCCAUUUUUUUUUUUGGACAAAUGGUGUGUGUUUAAUGGUACAUUUUUUGCAUAUUUCCAAACCAUCCUGUAACACCGUCCCACCUUUAAGCGCGCCACUGAAAUAGUGUUUUCGUUUUAACUAUAUGGUGCGUGUGCACAAAUAGGCUUAAAUAAAUGUGUAAAUAUAUAAAAAUAAACACUUUAAGAUAUAUAAUAAACUUAAUUUAUUUUUAUUAUUAUAAUAAAGCUUUCUUGCCGCAUUCGCGCGUCUAAUAAUGAUAUUAUAAUUGUAAAACUGUUCCGUAUUUUUAAAUUAUUGUUGUAUCGUUAGCUUCGGACACUCUGUAGCGUAAUUUAAAGGAAAUAGUCGUAACAAAUGUUUAGCUGCCAUUUACAAAUUAAUGUACCCAGUUUGUUUCGGAUCUCAUCGGAUAAAAUGUUUGCGUUCAAAGUAUGGAAGCCUCAAUAAUAAAGAUAUAUAAAAUCAA